AUGUCUCAACAACAUAACAACAAUUCUUCAGCUACCAUGCAUGACAUAAUAACCGAAGAGGCACCACCAGCAUAUUCACCUUAUCCAAAUUUAGGAGAGCGAUCUAUGGCUUUUGGCCCCGCCCGCGCUUUUGAAACCACUCCGUAUCAACCACAACCUCAGCAAUCAGCUUCAAAUUACAUAUAUUCUACGCCGUCAAAUAAUUUUUAUCAAGCUACUCAACAAACAAUUCAGCAGCCUGUUAUUUACCAUCAACAAGUCGCAACAAAUCCCCCGCCACUUCCACCAAGAACUAAUGCUACUUCUACUACCAGUAUUUCAACACUUCGAUAUCCUGCAGGUUAUGUUUGUUCGAUUUGCAAUAACACGGGAUAUACUGGACAAAGAACCAAGUGUCAACAAUGUUGGAAGUCAUUUGCUGUACCUAAUGCAAAUUAUGGAAGUAAUGUAAGGUCGCCACAAGGAAACAUUAUAUAUGCAUCACCUGGAGAUCCAAUUAUUGGAGGUCAGCUAUGUACUAACUGUCGAGGUAAAAAUAAGAAUUUGACUCAUUUUGAUUUAUGA